GUCUUUUGCGCAGGAGCAAUGCUCAUGAUACUGAGCGCCGCUUUGCGCGUCGCGUGCUUCAGAGCUCUGGGACGACUUUUCACCUUCGAAGUCACAAUCCGCCCAUCACAUCGGCUGAAAACCCACGGCCCAUACAGCAUCGUCCGACACCCCAGCUAUACAGGAGUGCUGUUCAUGCUCGUCGGAGCUGCCAUGGUGUGCUAUUGGAGAGGGAGUUACGUGGAUGUUUGCGGAAUUUGGUCCACACCGCCUGGAAAAUGGAUUUACGUAUGGUAUACUUGCGCAACUUUCGCGGUUUUCUCCCUGGUCAAACGCGGACGUGUCAAAGAUAAAAACUUGCUGGAGAUGUUUGGAAGAGACUGGGAACUCUACAAGGCUGAUGUUCCGUACUCGUUUAUCCCGUGGGCUUACUAG